CUCAAGGAUAGCUGGCAACUCUGGACCGGGGCAUGCGAGCUGGUGCUACCUCCGAUCCAAAACUCAAUUUAAAUCGUUACUUCUUCCCGUGAUAACCGGUGGUACUCCGCUCUGCUGGCGCGUCUUUCAAAUCCCACUAUCAGCCGAAAGUUCGCGAAAAAACGCGUUCUCCUCCAGAUUCCUUUCCUCUAAUCCCUUUGCUUCCCAUCCGCCACCCGCGCCGAGGACUCUGCAGGUGGCAGACGCGUUCGCAUCCCGUGACCUAACCAAAAUCCCAGCGGUUGUGCAAUCGAGGGUGCUCACAUAUAGCUUCCCACAAUAGCCCAUAACACCCAGGACGAUGAUCUGGGUGCCAGCCUUAAUUUUCCUCUCCGCCUGCCUGCUGCCGCGUUCCAAUGGAACGCCUCUGGAGUGGGACUUUGCCGUCACGCUGAGGACCAAGAUCCAGUUCAUGGACAGCUCCUGGCAGACAAUAGCCACCGCUGCCCACGAGUUCGACGAACUGUCCGCCCUGACGUUCGACGAGUCCGAGGAGUUGAUUUACUUCAACGACCGCCAGCACCAGAACGGCAGCAUCUUCUCCCUGCGGCGGGACGCCUAUGCCGCUUCCCAUGUGGCCCAGCAAGCCAUCCAGCGGACGGGCAAUGAGUCGGUGGGGGGACUGGCCUACGAUCCCCUGAACAGGAACCUCUUCUGGUCGGACACCCUGCAGCGAAAGAUCUUCUUCGCCUCCAUUGACAGCCCGCCCAGCCAGCCCCCUAAGGUUUUGGUGGACCUGAGCCAGGAGGGAGCACGUCCCGAGGGAGUGGCGGUGGAUGUUUGCCGCCGGAAGCUGUACUGGACCAACUCCAACAUAACACACCCCACUGUCGAGCGAAUCGAUGUGGAUGGCAGCAACAGGGUGAUCAUCGCGGACACUGACAUCGACAUGCCGAAGGGAAUCGUGGUGGACCAGCUGUCGGAUCGCCUCUUCUGGAUCGACGACCUGAAGGGGGUGUUCUUUGCGGUGAUGAGCUCGAACCUGGACGGCUCCGACCGCCAGGUGGUGCUGAAGGACAAGCACCACGAGCCCCAGAACCUGGCCGUGACCAACGACGCCAUUUUCUGGACGGAUAGGACCACCAAUGCGGUGUGGAGUCACCCGAAGAAGGCUGCGGUCAAAGCCACCACCACUGUCAGGCCCGAGCUGGAAAGUUCUACGGACGCCACUGAGUCCAGGCAGGAGAGCGAGCCCGUCGAGGACUGCCCAUUGGUGCGCGUGGCCAAUCUCAGCGAGGAAGCGCGAGGAAUCGUGGCCCGCACCGGUUUCUACCAGCGCCUCCAGAAGGACGCCCAUUGCUCGAGUAUUGUGCGCAAGAUAAAGCUUCGCGUGGACGAGAUGAACCAGAACAAGGAAUCGCGAAGCUUGAUGGACGAGCGGAUGGAGCAGCUGGAGCGGGACCACUGCAUGAACGGUGGAAGCUACGUUUCCCAGAGGGAUCUCUGCAUCUGCCCAGCAGGGUUCAAGGGCUCCCGCUGCGAGAUUCGGGAGUGCCACCACUACUGUGUUCACGGUACCUGCCAGAUGUCCGAGAUGGCUUACCCCAAGUGCUACUGCCAGCCGGGCUUCACGGGCGAGCGCUGCGAGGUGAGCCAGUGCGCGGGCUUGUGCCUAAACGGAGGUCACUGUCGCCUGGGCCAGUCGGAGAACGACCCACCCAGCUGCGACUGCCCCCCAAACUUUGCCGGAGAUCGUUGCGAGCAGAACUCCACUCAGAUCUGCUCCCUCUUCUGCCGCCUUCUGAAGCACGAACCGGAUCUCCAUGUGCCCUUCGGCUGCCAUGACAUCUGCGAGGAACUGGCCCUGGACAACACCACCAACAUUGCCAUUCCCCAGUACCAGCACCUGGAAGUGUGCCUGACGCCCUCCGUGUGGACCAGCAGUGUCAUCAUCAUCGUGGUCGUCGGCAUCGUGUCAAGUCUGCUGCUGAUCUCAACUAUUAUCCACGGAAUCCGGCGCCUUUAUAAGCCAAAGAGACCCCGCAUCAGGAAGACGUUCGUAGUGCGCAAGCAGCCGAGGACCAACUCCGCAGGAGACACCCCUCUCACCAACCGACCCAUGGCCGCCGAGCAGUGCGAGAUAACGAUAGAGAACUGUUGCAACAUGAACAUCUGUGAAACGCCCUGUUUCGAUCCCAAGCUGGUGGAGCAGACACUGGCCAAGUCCAGCUGCAAGGAGGACAAGAAGAUACUCAUCCACAACAUGGAGGAUGACCUCUACUAGGGCGCGGGAGUGGAAGAUCAGCUGCCCCGAAAAACAAAAAAGAAAACUGAACCUUGUGAUAGUCGUCGUCGUCGAGUGCGGAUUGGUAUUCGAGCUUGAAAAGCUGCUGCCCGCCCGGCCCUCGACCCCGUUAGCCGCCAAGGUGCCGCCCAGGCAACCAGAACCACAUUGAACCUAGAACACUAUUUAGCAACAAGCCACAAGCAACCAGCAACGUGCAACUGCGCAACACCUGCACCUGCAACCAACCACUUACACUGAGAAGCCUGGGACACUUAACACUCGCCAAAACCAUUUACUUAAACCGAAGCAACAUCUGUGUACUUAGCGAUCCUGGGAGCCUGCUUCGGUCUCGUUAAUUUAUUAGUAGGAUUAUUUCAUCCCAGGGUUAGGAAUUUUAGCUCAAAGCUCUUUCUAAUUUUUUACACAGCUCUUUCACAUCGUUUUUAUUUGAUUAGACUUUUAUUUUGAAUUCCCAAUGUGAAGAUGAAAAGCAAGUCGCCAGACUGACAUUAGCUUUAAACUUAAACCGGAAUACGCACGGGUACGGAUACCAAGGGCCUUUGUGAUUUAUAAUGCCUAAGCUGUUAAAGAUAACCUUAGCAAAUGAGUCACUUUCAUGAUCCCUCUCCCUUCUUCCCAAAUCGCAACAGAACUAUGUAGGUCAAUCUACAUAAAAACAAAGAUCAUCAGACCCCCCUUAUUGCCAUAACUUGCCCGAUCCCCUUGUCCUCCCACAUACGCACUACUUGCAUAAGAAAAGAAUGUAAAAAGACCCAAAAAGCAAAAAAGGGAAACUCUCAUGGAACGAUCGAGAGUUGUAAAUAUUAAUGCAUAGUUUAAUUUUAGUCGUAGUCCUUAAGAAAAGGGUCAAUAAAAAGAAACUUUAUGCAAUUUUAAAA